AUGGAUGACAUUCUUGCAAAGGCUGGGAGCCAGGCGGUAACGUUUGCGAUCCGUUCUGGGAUCUCUUUCGCCUCUGGGUAUGCGAUCAAAACGGUGGUUAAGUUCAUUGAAAAAUUACCUAAAGAUGAUAAGAAGAAGGUCGAGCUGCUAUACAAUGAAAUUCAAACCAAAAUAGCUAUAUUGUCCAACUCAAUGGACCUAAUAAGGUUGGCCGCUGCUAGGGGUAACACAAUACUAGUUCCAUCUUUGGAUUUGGUCAAUUCGAUUCAAACCGAAAUCGAGAAGCUCGAUUCUAAGAUGAAUCUGAUUCUCUUGGGGUACUCACCUGCAAAUGAGGCUCAAUCUGUUGACACCGUUUUGAAGUCCAUGAACACUUUAGUAGGCAAGAUUGAAAAUUCUAUCCCGUUUUUACAAUUGUCCAUAAGUACAAGUGGUAUCCAAGCCACUGGCAUGCUCCCAUCGCUGGUUUCACCUGGUAGACUCUUACAGGCAUCUCACGAGAUCAACCAAGCCAACUCUUCCCUCGCUAAUUCCUCGGGGAAAGUUGGUCCCUUGUUCGAUACUACUCUAUAUUCUAUAUUCUAUAACCCAAGUAGAUUGAAAUACGUAGAUGAGAGCCUGACUCUGGCCAUAUCCUGGAAAGAGGACUUCGCCAGAGCAUCAGCUCAAGUUUAUAAAAGAGGAGAAUUUACAUAUGAGCUCGAAAUUGUGGAGGAUUUUGAUGAUGAUCGAUAUCACGAAGAUGAUGCAAACCCAAGGAAGCACACCAUUUCUAUACUGGAUAUAGCUAGAUUGUUUUUUAGUGCCUCAGGAAAGCUACUCAAAUUGGAGGGCAAUAGUUCUCCUGUACUCAUACUAAAGUUACUUGGAAGUGAGGAAGAUUCUAAGUGGAUAGCCUUUGGUGAAAGGCUGAGUACAGGUACACCUGACUCAGAGUCUGAAUCGGAUACAGAGUCAGAAUCAGAUACCGAAGCUGAUGUAUCUGCCAAAAACACUUCUUUGUCUUUGCUUGAAUAUCUUAUUCGUCUUUUAUCACUCCAGACCAAUGACAGGAAAACAAUUCUAGAGGCAACUGAUGAGAGAUUGGCUUUAUACCUCAAGGAUGAAAAUUACUCGUUGAACACCACAUACCUCAAGACGAAGCAAAACCUUAAGAAUAAUGAAUCUCUUGACCUCAAUUCAAAUAUGAAGAGAUUAGAAACUCUUAGCCUUAAAAGUGAUAAAUAA